AUCAACAACGACAGACGAGACGGAUGCUCGAGAAUCGCGGAUGAUUUCCGAAUACUGAGGGAAAGAAAGAAAAAGCAUAGGGCGGGACGAAGAUAGCCCGAAGAGGAAGCCCGAAGAGGCCUGGCGUCGCCACGGUCGUCGGCUACCAAGAGAUCUCCGCCAGUGCAGCACCGACGAGCCUCGUGCUAUAUCCAGACGAAUUCUCUUUCUCUCUUCAUCGUCCUAUUCCCUUUCGCUCUUCAUCGCGCGAGACAGUACGAGGCGUAGCUCCUUCGUCGUCGAUCGGAUCCUCUUCAUCGUCGCGAUCGAUGGCGUUCCUUUUCGUGUUCGUGGUUAAAAAACGAACGAAAAACUGGCCAGGAACGAAGUGAUCGUCGAGCCAGGCUCGACGUGGAAGAGGAAGAGGAGGGAACGAUCAUGGGCAACGCGACCGCGAAGAGUCGCUACUCGAAGAGCAGCCUACAAGUCGGCGGUACCAACAGGAGACCGCGUUGGGAGGGAUCAGGACUUCCAGCUCCACCAGGGAAACCGAUCUUAAUACCAGGAGCGGACGAAUCUCAACCGGAUGUGGUCGCGAUUCGUUGGGAAAGGUCACCGAGUAACGGUGGCUCGGCCAUUCUCGGCUACCUGGUUGAACAUCGAAGGCUCGGUUCGCAGCAUUGGGUGCGAAGUACACCGACACUUUGCACCUUCCCGGAACUGACCUUGAGCGGCCUCGAACCAGGAUGGCGCUACCAGUUCAGGGUCAGGGCUCAGAACGCGGUGGGUCUGUCGCGACCCAGCGAGAUCUCCGACGCUCUAACGGUGACCUUGCAAAGGUCCGCCUCCUCGGCGCCGUAUUUCGAGCAAGAACUGAAGGAUACGGUCGUUUUGGAAAAUGAACAGGCUGAGUUUGCGGUACGAUUCACUGGUUCACCUCUGCCGAAGAUUUCGUGGUUCAAAGAUGGCUUCGAGAUCUUCAGCAGCAGGAGGACAAGAAUCAUCACCGACAGUGGUAGAAGCGUUCUCUUGAUCCAUCAAACUGCCCUCAACGACGAGGGUGAAAUAAAAUGUACUGCUACCAAUAGAGCUGGACACACUAGUACCAAAGCAAGAUUGGUUUUAGAAGCUCCUCCGAAAAUACGACUUCCACGCCAGUACGAAGAUGGUCUCCUUUUCGAGCAAGACGAAACGAUCAGAUUGAAAGUGUCGUUAGCUGGAAGACCAUCGCCUUCUGUAAUUUGGUACCAUGAUGGAGAAAUCAUUGCCCACGACCAGAGGCAUAUUUUCGAAACGAUGGACGGUGAAUCAGUCUUGAAGAUCCCUGAUGCGAAACGCGUAGACAGAGGAGAAUACACUGUCAAAGCUGUGAAUAAACUUGGGGAAGACACAUCCUCGUUUCUGGUCACUGUUACAGAUCGACCAGCUGCACCAGGAAAAGCAAUGGUCACAAUGACCUUAGGUAGAACGGUGUCUCUAUCGUGGAGAGAACCUGAAGACGAUGGUGGUUGCAAGAUAGGCACAUACAUCGUCGAGUAUUACAGGAUUGGCUGGGAUGUAUGGUUGAAGGCGACCACCAGUAGACAAACCAAAGCGACGUUAUCGGAAUUGAUCGAGGGAUCGGAAUAUAAAUUUCGAGUAAAAGCUGAAAAUCCGUACGGCGUGAGCGAGCCUAGCGAGGAGAGCGACGUAAUCUUCAUUCCAGACUUAAAAAGAGGGAUAAUGACGCCCUCGUUGAGCGGAAAAUCACAGAGCCACAGAGAAAUCAGAUCGCGAGAGAAACGGGAGGUGAGUUUCGCCGUGCCUGCUCAAAGAACCAGAAGUUUGACAAGGGAGGAGUCACGAAACCGGGACGAAGACGAUGACCUACGUUUUGGUCCGGGUAAUCGGUCGUCGUCCGCACAGAGGCUGACAGGAAGACCAUCCAGAGCGGACAGCAGGGUCACUUUCGCGCUGGACACUUUAGACAAUUCGGAGGCGCCCAUUCCUCCGGCCAGAUCGAGGGAUCAUUCCACUUUGAAACACGAGAAUCGUGUCGAGAAUCACUCGGAUCGUCCUAGUGUUCCUGUAGCAGCGCCAGUUAAUCAAAGCAAGGAGAAACCCACGAGGGUAACAGUCUCGCCACCCCCCGCGAUGGACGAAUCCAGCCGACGUGCGAUAUUCAGAGAAUCGCGGUCGAGAUCCGUUUCCAUACCCAGGGAACGUAGCAUGUCUCCGUUAUCGAUGCCGAAAAUUCAAGAGCAACGAGAGGAAGAAGGUUCCUUAACUUCGUCGCGUCUUCGACCGUCUUUGAACUUAAUCCUGAAAAAACAACAGGCCACCGUUGAUGAACCACAACCACCGCUCGUCAAGAGUAAUUCACUGGACGUGGAUAAACCAGGAUCGCCUACUACUCCCAGAGAGGACGACGAGAGUGUUCUCCAUGGAAGUUCGGAGUUUAUGUUGGUUUUGUAUCCAGAGGACCAAGAUCAGGGCAAGAAGUACAGGGACAUCGAUGGCAGGCGGAAGACGUCAGACACCAGACAGGCGGCGGAGGAAACGGAAGACAUGGAAGACCUGAUACCACCCCCGAUGUCGCUGUCCCUUCCGGAAUUAUUCAGCCUCGAGCACCAGGUGGUAGAAACCCUUCGCGAAGCGGUCAGUUCGACGGAGCUACUUCACGAACGAGCGAUGGAGCGUUUCUACAAAGCGGUAGCAGCUGAAGAGGCUUCCGAAGUGGGUAAAAGAAAGAUCCAGCUCGAAAGAAAGACAGGAGAACUGGCAUCCACCGUCGAAACAAAAGCAGAAGACAUCGAAGAUACCCAAGAUCGAUUAUUAUCCCUUCGACGACGGAUGUCCAACCCUGCGGUAGUUCCUCAGAAUCUGAUCACCUGGCAGCCGAAGAAGAAUCGCAGGAGGUCCAGCGAAGCGGACACCAUGAAGACAUCCAUCAAACUUGUAACCCCCUCUUUGUUAGCCGAUAUCGAAGCAAGAUCCGAUCCAAAUCUGCCCAAUGACACAGAGACACCUGUGGCUCAUCCUUGGGCGCUGGACAAGGAGGAGGACUCAGCGACCCAACUGCGCAGGUGGCACGACGCCAACGUACCAUUGGUCGAGAGAAUAAACGAAGACAAAUCGAUACCCUGGCAGAGUAGCACCAAUCAAGAGAGUGUAUCAAACAGAGGGGUGGUUCCAGAGUCUCUACCAAUCUUACAACAGGACACGAAACAAGAAGAGAUGGAAGAAGAGGAGGAAGAAGAAAGCAUCGAGACCUCUGAAGAAUCAUCCGAAGAGAUGAGCAGUGCUGAUAGCGAAGAUUUGAAGCUUCUGAAGGCAAGGAUUCUCGCCAGACAGGUGCUAGAGGAAGAAGACACUUAUCAUCCUUCGGGAAGACCAAUUUUACACAUCGAACCUGAACCACCACCGAUCCCACCCCAUAGAGUACCCAUUUUGGAAGUUUCUCCACCUACUCCUACCAGAACCGUCGCGCCACCAUUGUCCCCUACUAAUCUGGUUCCUAAGUCCAUUCUGAAGAAACCUAAAGAAGAACCCGCUCCUCAGAACAGCUUCGGAAGACCGGUUCCUCCUGAGAAACCCAUCAGGAAGAUUCCUCCUCAAGCUGCAGAAGUAGCCAAAGAUGAAGAGAUUCAGCCGCAGGUUGCGGCUGAAAUGAUCAGACCGCCUGUGAUGUCGGAGUCUGAUACGGAUAGCAUGCUGUCCGCAGGUGAAGCAGCUAAGAAUCGUAGGAUUCAGGCGAAGAUGAGGUCGAACGUCUCCGAAGAAGAGGUCGAUGAAGAUGAUAUCGAAGCACGAAUGGCGGUGGUUGAUCAUUACACGGAGAUUGUUAGAGAGCAUUCGAGUAAAUUCAAUUAUAGAAGCUCCGAAGAGAGGAAACUGGGCGACAGUGUGGCUAGCUCCAGAAGAUCCUCCUUCUCGGAGGAUCAGGAGCAAAGUCAUCUGAAAGAUCGUCUAGAAGCUUUCGCGACUAAGAGUAAUAGACAAGAGACCAGAGAAGCUCAACAGGUUCAACUACCGAAGGUGAAGAGCAAGAAGAAUGAACAAGUUGGUCAAGCGAAAAGGAUUUCAGGUUCUCGGGGGACCACUCCUGCGAGAGAUACCAAGCCAGGAGAGAAGAGAAUCAGUCGACCAUCUUCCAGGAACCAAUCUCCAGCACCAAGGUCUAGAAACGUGUCCGUGGAGAGAGGUGGAGCUUCUUCGAGGUCCUCGUCGAAGACCAGAAUUCGAGCCCCUUCGCAAGACAGAAAACCUCCGUCCAGGACUGGUUCGGAGGAUCGACGAUACGUCAGAGAGCAGUCCGUCGACGAAGGCGUCAGAAGGACGAAGAGAGCCUCUUCGAGAACGCGUUCCAGGUCCAGUUCCAAGGACAGAAACCGACCGGAGACUCCGAUCGAGUUGAAAAAGGAACGAUUGCAGAGAAGUUUGGACAGCAAGAAGUAUCGUCCCUCCAGGCGCAGAUUCCCCGCGGGCUACCCUGAAGUACCAUGGAGAGAAAGUAGAUUGAACGAAGAGCGACUGGCGAUCGAGGCGAAAUACAACGUCAGAAACACUGUCGGAUACGUAACUGACCUUACGCUACUGUUGGCAGCUGUCUACGUUUAUCUCUUCAAGAAAGAGACUUUGGCGAUCCCUUUCAUCGCUCUUCUUCUUUACAGAAGAGUACAACACGAGAUUCAUAAUCAGACGGCGAAAGCCAAAGGACCGCCGCGAUGGCUGGACCCGGACCAGGUUCUUUCGGUUCAGGGACGAACAGGCGAAGACGUCGUCUUUGAACCAAAAUUACGGUGGUCCGAUGUUUUCGACGAGCUACGAUUCGAAUUAAUUCGCGAAGAUGUACCAAUACCGUCCGAUAGAUACCGCGUACAAAUGAGAGGCAACGUGGUCCAAUUGACUCUGAAACAAUCGCAAAAGGACGACACCGGACAUUACGCUCUGGUGGCGACCAGGCUCGGUCAAGGAUUCGACAAAGGAUCCUCGAAGAAGAUUCAUCUGAGCGUCGAUGAGCCGAUUUCCGAAGAGGGUGACCCACCUGUUUUUCUACGAAGAUUGACCGAUCUCGCGGUCAAAGUUGGAACGAGGACCAGGUUUCUCGUGGAGAUUCGAAGUUCGACCACACCGAAGAUCACUUGGCACAGAAAUGCGGAGCCGGUACACGCGGGUUCGAGGUUUUCUUUCGUCCACGAGGGAAACUUCUACUGCGUCGAUGUGGCUCCUGUCACCGUCGAGGACGAAGGACAGUGGACGUGUAUGGCGGAAAAUCCAAGUGGAAGAUCAUCUUGUACAUCUCGUCUGACCGUAAUUGUCCCGAAAGCAUACAAAAGGCCAGAAUUCGUCGAGGAGCUUCGUGCUCUGUUAACAGAAACCGGAACAGUAUCGUUAGAAUGUAAAGUGGUCGGUGUACCUACUCCGGUAUUAAGAUGGUUUAAAGACGACAAAGAAAUCAAGGCUGGCGAUGUGUUUGCUUUAACUGCCAACCCUGAUGACCCAACCUCCCUUGGCAUUUAUACUUGCGAGGCGGUGAAUUGCAUGGGAAUCUCUUACUCCUCUUCGAAAGUACACGUAGUUGGAAAAGGUAGCAGAGAGGGUUCUCUGAAACCAGCGGAUUCUAUGACACCCUCCGGUCCUCUUCCUGUUUUUUCACGAAUUCUACAAGACGAAUGUUGCAGAAUUGGAGAUACUCUUCGUCUUUCUUGUCAAGUCCAAGUGCCACCAUGGCCAAAAACGAUUACAUGGUACAACAAGGAGGGGCGAAUCGAAGCCACCGAAAAAUACCACGUGAUGGAGGAUGGACUGGGUGGAUAUUCUAUAGAGGUAAACCCCGUAGAAGCCAUGGACGAAGGCGAAUGGAAAUGCGUCGCCAGCAGUACGGAGGAUAUGAAACAAUUCACAACUUGCUAUGUUGCAAUGUCCAUUCCAAAGAACUACAGGAAGCCACGCUUCAUGGAGAGCUUGAAGGCUGUUCUGACGGAAGAAGGUUUGGUAUCCUUCGAAUGCAAGGUCGUAGGAUUUCCUACACCUUUGCUGAGGUGGUUCAAAGAUGGCCAGGAAUUAAAACCAGGAGACGUUUAUCAGUUAACUGGAACCAACUCCUUAGGAUCUUAUUGCUGUAUCGCAAGAAAUUGUAUGGGCGAAGCAAAAAGCACAGCCGAAUUAACGAUCGAAGAUAUUCAAAAUCAGUUGAACGAAGAAGAACGUAUGCAACUUUUGAGUACAAAUCAACCACCCUCCUUCAUUAAAGGUCUGAGGAGCUGUGAGGCAAGAAUCAACGAAGAGUUUCAUUUUACCGUACAAGUCAGUAUUUCCCCUGUGCCAAGUCUCGCUUGGUACAGGGACGACGUGCCAGUCGAGGAGAAUGAAAAAUAUCAGAUCGCCAAGGAGAAUCUUGGCACGUGCCAUCUCGACGUAAGAAAGCUCGAAUUUGUCGACCAAGCAGAGUGGAAAUGCGUGGCUUCCAAUGAUUUCGGUCACAGCGUCACAUCUUGCUUCUUGAAACUAAUCAUUCCCAAGCACUACAAGAAACCGAAAUUCCUCGAGAGUUUGCGGGCCAUAUUGUCGGACGAAGGUGCAGUGAACUUAGAGUGCAAAGUGAUAGGUGUCCCGCAACCGAUUCUCAAGUGGUACAAAGAUGGCGUGGAAUUAAAACCGGGGGAUAUUCAUAGAAUCAUCUCUGGACAGGAUGGCACCUGCUGCCUGGGAACUUACACCUGUGAAGCUACCAACUGUAUGGGAACCGUCAGUAGUUCCGCGUCUCUUUUAGGUUUCGAAGAUAAAUUUCCGGUUCGCAAAGAGGCUAAAGAGGUCCAGUCACCGAAUGGCCACGAACUCGCCAGGAACUUGUCCCUCUCGACGAUACACGAAGAAAGAACGUCUCAAUUAUACGACACCCCGCAAACUGAUCAUUCCGUCACGUUAGACGAUCGAGGAGAAGUGUCCUUCAGUUUCGAUGGCAAAGAAGUUUCCGUCAGCCUGUACGAAACACCCGAUCUUACGGAAGAAGAAGCUCUUCAAAUUGUUGAAAUGUAUGCUGAUCAGUUGUCUGAACACGUAACAGAGCACAACGUGAUCGAGCUGCCACCAAUGAGAUUCGUUAAGGAGUCGUCAAAUUCUGGAAACUUAUUGAUGGAGGCUGUGGUGAUCGACGUCUCCCCGGAUUACUUCGUCAGCGCUGAAGAUGGCGACGACCUUCGAACCGAGGCUGACUUCGAGGACGCUUCCAUCCUGGACGACGUGACCCGCGUAUUUUCCUCUCCCGAACGCGAUUCCCGUGGUUCAUUGAAGAGAUCGGCCAUGUAUAGUUUAGAGGAUGACGACAAACCGCCUUCGAGGCCGCCGAGAAAGAAGUCCACUUCUUCGUCGAAAAGCGAGAAAAGCGAGAAGAGUCAAAAAAUGGAAUCGGAAAGUUUCCACAGCGCUCAGAAGGAUGAACCCUUCUCUCCCGUCUCUCCGAUGUCUCCGGUGUCCUCGUUGAAACAGGACGACAGCGACACGUUUGCCGAUGCCUUGUCUUCCGCGAGGUUAUCCAUCUCUGAGAAUCAAGUUCAGAAACUGUACGAAGCUGGCCACGACCGGAAACGCAGUCUGAGCGCGGAUAAAACAGCCGGUUCCAGCAUCGACGAUGGAAUAGGUGGCGAUUCCUCUUUCGACUCGGUCACUGGUGUCCCGAAGAAAAAGAAACACAGGAAGAAAAAGCACAAGAAGGAGAAAGGUAGCUCUGAAGAAUCUUCAAUUGGCAGUGAGAUAGAUGGGAAAAGGCGAAGAAGUAGAUCCGCGAGCAAAUCCGACCUGCAUCAGCGUAUAGAGUCUAUCAACAAAACUGAAGAACCGUACGUUGAAGACGUUCCAGAUAAAUCCAGCGAGAGGAAACCAUCCAGCGAUUCUGACAAGUCUCUGUCGAAAAGUAACAAAGAAAGACUGCUGGAUAACAUGAGGAAGAUGAAGGAUCCUGUUCUAGUGGUACGAGAUACCUUGGUGAACAUAGACCAACUGGACGCGAAAUUGAACUCCGAGAGCGAAGAAGAUUGCAAGGUUAUCGUUACGGAGAAUAUAAUUAAACCUAUUCAAAAUUUAUGCGAAGAAGUGUCCUCCGUAGAGGCUAAGGCUUUGAAGAGUGCUGGAGACAGGUCGUUGACCCAAAAUGUUCGAAUCUCUUUGCUGGAAGCGAUUGGAGGCCCAACCGAGGAGCUUCUUCGAGGAAUGGAAUUAAUAGGUCGUCAAGAGAACGUGAAGAAUCGCAAGACAGACGUGAUAGCCAUACUAGAGAGUCUGACAGACCCUGUGGAUGAGAUUCUCAUGGGAAUCACCAAGAUUGAACACGAACUGACUGGUAGAGCCAAAGGUGAAAGACCUAUAGCACUGAUCAGGAUGACCUCGGCUGUGUCCAAGCUCGACGAGAACAUCAGGAAGAUCCUGACAGUGGAUAAGAGAGCUACGAGACUAGUUUCCAGUUUGGAGGAUAUCCUCAGCACCUUGGACUUCUUCUUGAACGACGUCUCCGUAGACCCAUCCAAGGGAACCAUAGAAACUGUGGACACAGUGGUGGUUGAGUCAUUGUCCAGAUCUGUGGAAGACGUGGCCCGAGCUCUGGGUGGUUUCUCAUCGAACGUACAAGUCUCCAAGGUCAUUGACGAGCUUCUGACUCCGACACGCGAGUUGAAGGCCAAACUGGACACCCUGAAGUCAGCCUUGGAGACCUACGAAACCAAAGGCAUCUUGUCGGAGCAUAGAACCAAACUGAUCGAGUCUCUUCAGGAAUCUGUGGGUCAAAGUAUACAGGAGAUCCAGAAGGUGAAAGAAAAGAGUACUACCGAAGUACAGAAGGCACCAGCCGACCAGGCGAAACAGGACAUCCUGAAGGAAGUGAGGCUGACUCUUCACGAGGCGUUGAAGUCUUACGAGAACAUCGCUGGUACUCUUGAUCCACGACUCUCCACGGUGUUCGAUCGAGUCGACGAGAUGUACCGAAGGCUAAGGACACCCCAGAAGAGGGACAUCGGCAUCGAGACCCUGAUGAACCUGGAGGGUCCUCUCUAUUCCCUGCAGUGCGCUCUGACCUCGAUGGCGAUAGUGGAGAACUCUGAGAUGGUCUUCAAGCUCCUCGAACCAGCCAUCUUUCAGCUGAAAUUAACUAUAACGAGUCUGGAGGAAAGUUCCUUGAAACCUGUAAUGGAAAUGUUGCAGAGUAUCGAGAAGACUGUCAGUGGAACAACGAACGAAUACGAAGAGACGAUUUCUUCGAGAUCUGUUCAAGACGAGCCUCAAACUCUGACGGAUAGGAUCUUGGAUCCUCUGAUCGACGUCCAAUCUGCUCUCAGCGCAGCUCUUCAGACUAUAGAGGAUGUUGAUUCCGUUAAAAAUGGAGCAACUAGUCCCCAGAAAAUAUUGGCCUCUUCAGAAAUAGCUGCUUGUCUGAUAGAGCUGAGGCAGUGCGUGUCUGACACUGCUCACACAGCGAUGACCCUGAGAGAGGACGAAACCCUGAACAGUCUGAUCGAUUUAAAAGAGCCUCUACUGGAUCUACAACUUGCUCUUACCUCUGAAGACAGAAGCUUCCAGGAAUUGCCGGUGAUACGAAAAGCGUCCGUGCCUCUGGAGAAACUGAACGUUGUGGUAUCUACGGUGCUGCGCCAUUGCGAUUCUCAGGAAAGCAUCAAAGCUGUGAGCGAAGUCUCGAAAAUGUUGGAGGAAAUUGAAAAGCAGCUGCCGAAAACCGUGACGCGAUUGAUCGAUGCUGAAGAGGCGAAGAGGCAUUACCUGGAGGGUAUGAAUAUUGAUGAGAACCUCAGCAACGUUCAUUUUGCUUUGUCUUCAGUUUUGGAGAGGCAGGAGAAGAACUACCCUGGUCGUGUAUCGAGUUUUACCAACUGUAUCGAAGAAUUGAGACAGAAUCUUGGUUCCUCAGCUGUGGCCAUAGCGAACCUGAAAAAUCCAUUUGAUGAAGAGAUCGUAGAACAAGUUUAUCGAUUAAAGGAAACCUUGCUAAACCUGCAGAGAUCACUGUUGACUCAGGAACACGAUGUAGAAGAGGAGCAGAUAUUGAAAGACCUGAUAAGUCCGAUUGAGAAGCUGAAGAAUAUCGUUCAGAGCAUCGUGAACAGCGAUGCCAAGUCGGACGCGGUUCUUCCGGUUCUGGAGCUCCUGGAAGAAAUAGAAAAGGACACGCCUCUGAUCGCGAAAGAAGUCUCGAAGAAGAUGGCUCAGAAAGAGGCUGAGAAAUUGAUUCCAAAAAAGAAAAAGCAAAAGACGCCUACCUUUGAGCUGGCUGACAAAAUCAGCCGAUCCUUGGAUCCUAUGAAGCACUGGCUGUCCACCACCUCUGAAGAAAGCAUCAAGGAAGAUGAAGAAUCCGGUUUAAGCUCGACUGUGAGCGAAUUGAAGAAAGACGUAACCAAGAUCGCCAUAGAAACAUCUUAUUCUGAACCACCCACUGAUGAAAGUUUAAUAGAAGCUUUAAUUGAUCUUCAGGAACCAUUAAUGAGGCUUCGAAACGCCAUAUCGAUGUACCAUGAGCCUGCAGACUUAAACACCUUGGAAGGUCUAGGUCGACCCAUGAAGUAUCUCCUUCAGACCAUUAUGGACGUUCUCAGAGAUCACGCCGAAGAAGAAGCUCUUCGUCCGAUCGUGGACAUUGUUGAAGAGAUUGAGAAUCAGAUACCCAUCUCCAUCAAGGAGGCUCUUUAUAAGAAGGAGUUGAAGGAGAUGGUGAAGUCGAUGACUCGUGAAGAGACAGGUGCCACCACGUCUCAGGAAACCAUUCAGGAAGAGAUUGUUCCUCAGGAACUUCCUCAAGAAGUCCAAGUACAUACUUCUCAGGAAACCACUGCUGACGGUACCCUGGAAAGCAGCACUGUACUUCCUGAAGCACAGUUCUCAGAAUCUGUCAUCGAACAGACUACUAUCGAAGAAAUCAGCUCUCAAAAAAGUGAUCAGGUAAUUACGAUGAUCGAAGAGGUACCAAAGCAGAAGGUGGCUGUUGACGAAGCAAAGAAGAAAGGAGAAGAAGAAGCGAUUCAGUUGGUACUUUCUCUGUCCAAGACUCUGGAAAACGUACAGAUGGAUGUCAUGGGUAUCCUUGAAGACUUUGAACAGCCUACAACUGGUACCACCACCCUGCCGAUAUCCCAUUUGGCAAAUUCUUUGGAAGAACUGAGGAAGACCAUUUUCAUCGUAGGAGCAAAGACCGGAGAUUACGCUAAAUCGGUUCAUUCUUACGAAGAAACUGUGGAAGAAACGAUUUCCAUACUGAAGAGCCUUCAGCAGCCUCUGAAUAAUCUACAGGAAGUUCUUCGUGAAUCUCAUCAACAUGGGGCCAGAGAACUUCUUAUUCUGAAUCAUCUGAUUCAACCCUUGAACGCCAUUGAAGAAGAAAUAAUCAAUCGUUCGAUAGAGAAGCUGAAUCACGAUUCCAAAUUAAUAAAAAAUUGUCAACCAGUUCUUCAUCUCCUCAAUGACAUCAAACAGAGUGUUCCAGUGGUGGUGAAGGAUAUUUAUUCGAGACAAGAGCUGCUGGAAUCUCUUCGAGGGAUCUUAAAACCUCUGAAGAAUAUCGAGGAACGAAUGAAGAUCUUAGAAAAUGAAACUGAAGGCACUCUCGAGAGGGACGUGGCAAAGAUCCUGGUGAAUCCUUUGGAAUAUUUAUUGGAAGCCAUCAGUGUCACCUCCAGGGAGCUCCAGUUCCUCGAUCAACGAAGGGAGAUCGUCAUUGAAAUUCGAAACCUCGUCGAACCACUGGUGGAAUUCUUGAGUUGUUUGUCGGUGGUGCAGAGCAGUCGCAAAAGUCUGGUUCCUGAAGCAGCUUUGCUAGAUGAAAGGAGAAACGUGAUUCUAAAGGCUGUCGAAGAUCUUCAGCGUCAAACUACCAUUAUCUUAGAGAGGAUUCCUAAUCUGGAAGGAGCAUCGCUGUUCGAGAAACCACUGAUUUCCUUGAAGAAGGCCACUGCCUCUGUUCAGAAACAAAUUGGUAAAACUGAUUACUCUAAAAGACCCAGCAGUGUUGAUUUUACCCUUCAGUAUAAUUUAGCGUGUUCUUUCGACAAUCUGAGAAGCACCAUAUCAACCGUGGAAGAGAAUGCUGAUGAAUCCGUUCGGCAAGUGAUUUCCAAGUCCCUGGAAGCUCUUCAGAAGCAGAUAGCACUGUCGCAGACGCAUUUCAUUCAGACUAGUGAACAGCCUGUUGACGAAGAAGCUGUUGUCGAAGGGUUCUUGUAUCCCACCAACCAGCUUCAAUCAGCUUUGAACGUGCUGAAAGAACAAAUUGAUCAGAAGACGAUAGCGUCAGUGUCGAUUGAGUCGGUCAGGCUUCUUCAGGCUCUGGCGAAUUCUACGUCGGAUUUGGCUUCUUCUUUGUCCAUGCAUCGAGUGCAGUUGAUUCGCAACGGUGCAUCCGAAGGAUCGUCUUUGGUAGAGACCUUGUCUGCUGUGGUGGAUGUUCUUCAGAGUGUGAAGGAUUCUAUAAAGGCAAUCGAAAAGGUGGUCAUUGAAAAAGAGGGUGCUGGCAAGGUGCAGGAAGUUGAAAAUCGAAGUGUUUCUAUGGAUAUGCCGAUGGAUAUGCCGAUUACCAUCACGCAGAUCGAAACUAUCGUUGAUGAGGUCAUUGAAAUUUCGAAGGAAGAGAUUGAAAGUGUGCUGACGAUUGAGAGAUUGUCUCCUGAUAGAGAUCAACAGAGAACAGAAGAGGUGAAGUCUGAUAAAAUGAAGGCUAUUACGAUGGAAGAUGAAAGUGUGAAAAAGGAAGACGAUACGAAAGAUAAAAGUGUAGAGAUGAUGGAUAAAAGGAAAGAAGAAAUGGUAGAACCAGUUGAGAAAGCAGAAAUUUCUUCUGAGAAGAUGGAGGAUAAGAAAGAAAAAUUAGAGGAAGUGGAAGAAAUGGAAAUGUUAACUGAGAAAGUGGAAGAAUUGGCAAAGAAACAAACAGAUGAGGAAGCAAAAAUAUCUGAAAAGGUGGAACAAUUAGGAGAGCAGGAAGAGAAAGCGAAAGAAGUGGAAAUUUCAGUGGAGAAGGUGGACGAAUUAACAAAGAAAGAGGCAGAUCAGGUAAUGAAAAUACCUGAAGUGGCAGAAAAAUUAGAGGUAAAAGAAGAAAAAAUGGAAGCUCAGGAGAAAGAAGUGGAAACUGAAAAGGUGGAAUUAGCAAAAAAAGAAACAGAUGAAAAGGCACAGCAAUUAGAGAAACAGAAUGAAACUGUGGAAGAGCAAAUAAAGAAAGAAGAAAAAAAAGUGAAAGUCUCAACUGAAGAGAUGGAGGAAUUAUCAACAAAAGAAACAGAGAGCAAAGUAGAAAAAUUAGAAGAAAAGAAAAAACAAAUAGAAGAAGAGCAAAAAGUGAAAAUAUUAUCUGAAAAGGUUGAUGAACUGACACAAAAGAAAACAGAUGAAAAAGUAGAAAAAUUGGAGGAGAAAGUAGAAAAAGUGGAAGAGCAAGUGAAAGAAACAGAAAAAGGUGAAGCCGCAGCUACGAAGGAGGAAGAAUUGGUAACCAAAGAAGCUGAUGAGAAAACAAAGAAAUUAAAAGAAGAAGUAAAAAUGUCAUCUGAAAAGCAAGAAGUGUCUGUAAAAAAAGAUGAAAAAGUAGAAGAAAAGGAAGAAGAUACUAUAAAAAUACUGUCUGAAAAAACAGAGGAGCUUGCAGUAAAAGAGGAGAACGUUCAAGCAUUAGCAGAAGAAGCUGAAAAAUUAACAAAAGCAGAAGAAAAGAUAGAGGUAUCACCUGAAGGAACUGAAAAAGCACUAAUAAAAGAAGAGAAAACAGAAGUCUUAAUAGGAAAAGCAGAAGAAGCAAUUAAACCAGAAAAAAGUGAAGUGAGUUCAACUGAAAAAUCAGAAAAGCUUUUGCAGAAAGAAGAAAAAGUAGAAACAUUAAUUGAAAAGAAAGAGGAAAUAGGAGAAACAAGUAAAACAGAAAAACAUAAAGCAGAAUUAACUAAAGAGGUUGUAGCAGCAGAAAAAAAAGAAGAAAAAAUUAAAGGCACAGAAAAACUUGAAGAACCGAGCAAUCAAGAAGCAACAGCAGGAACGAGUGAAAAACCAGAAAAAUUGACAAAGAUAGAAGAAAAAGUAGGAGAAGCAGAAAAAAAAGAAAAAAUAAUAGAAAAAUCUGAAGAAGCCAUAAAAAAGGAAGAAACACAAGCUCUGCCUUCCAAAGUAGAAGAAUUAAUUAAGAAAGAAGAAAUCACACAAACUUCAUCUUCCAAAGCCGAAGAAUCAACGAAGGAAGAAGGUAAAACGGUAGAAAUACAAAGAACAACUAAUUCCAUUAUCACCGUGCAACAACCACUCAAAGAAUUAACAAACCUUGUGUCGUCAGCAUUAGAAGAGCCCCUUUCAUCAAAAUCCGAAGAAGAAAAACGAAAGAUUCGAGAACUAACCGCAUUGAUUCAAAUCCUCUACGACUUAAGAGCCACCGUUUCAUCGGUUCAAAAUUCAGCAUCGCCUUCCUCGAUUCCAGAACUUGAAGAACACCUCCUGCACCUAUUAAACUCCUUAAGAACCCUGGAUCGCUCCACAGAAAAAAUUCUGCGUAUAACUGAAAAAGAAUUAACACCGGCAUUGAAAGAAAACGUGAUGGUGUCUUUGCAAUUACUCCUAGAACCUCUAGACGUUCUUCAUCGUGAAUUUUCUUCUCUUCAGGAAACAGCAGUGCAGUCUUCAGCGUACGUAUCGCUGUCGAUAAACGUUCGAAACGUGACAGAAACGAUUUCUCAGCUGAUGGAAGCGAUACGUAAGACAUCAGAAUUGAAAAGAGUGAAGAUAGUUGAAGAGAUUCGAGUGCUGGCUGCGAUGAAGAAAGAAGAAAGCCAAGACAUUGAAGAAACCACCGCGAAACCACUCGAAGAGCUCAUAGAAGCCAUCAUGGUGUCCCAAGAGCACAUGAAACCUGAUGCCUCUCCUUUUGGAUCCGUUUCUCCUUCGGUGGAACCAACCGAGUCGCUUGAACAACAGAAACUUGAAGAAGAAAUGAUGCUGGAAGCAAACCUGGUAGAGAAGAUAGUGAGUCCAGUGAAAAAUCUACGAGAGUUGGUUGCAAAAAUAGAAAAACAGGAACUUGAGGAGGCUGAAACCUUGGAUCUACCUGCCAAACAAACUACUAGUAUAUUGAACACUAUACUUCAUCCUCUGGAAGAGCUGGAGAGGUCGUUGAACAUCUCUUCGGUGCAGCAAAUUGUACAAACUGAAGAAACUGUUAAAGAAACAAAGCAAAGCGUCCAGUCCUCUCAGUCUGUACCUGUUGGAGCGGUAUUAGAGGAGCUGAAGAGAUCCAUUGCUACGAUUCAAGAAGAAGUAACCUUGGCAUCUGUUAAAGAAGCAUCGAAAACGGAAAGUGGAGUGUUGUUCAUAAAUGAAGUUGAGAAAUCAUUGGAAAACCUGAAAUUCUCGCUGGCUACCGUGCAGAAGGUCGUAGCCACUGAUACCGAAAGCGUUGAAGAGUUAACUACCCAGCAGAGAACAAUGGCUGUGGAAACCUUCGUGAAAUCGGUGACAGAUUUGGGCGAAAAGUGUCUGGCAAUCGUCAGCAGACCUAAAACUAAAGUGGACACUGCUGAAGGACUCCAGAAGGAACAACUUGAAGAAGUACUGGAGAUGAUGGUGCAACCUAUUCAAGUACUACGCGAAAGUACAUCUGAGAUCGAAACGCAGAGAGCUGAAGAGAUCCAACAUAUGGAUCAAACAGAGAGAAACGUGAUCGAGGCUCUGAAGCCUCUGGUGCAUCCUCUGGAACAACUGGAGCAAUUAUUAUGCACAGCUGUUCAUCAGGACAGUUCGAUAAAAACAGAAACCGCUGAAGAGAUGAAAGAAACUGGUUCGUCCGUAGAGAAACUGAAACUGACCCCAGUUUUGGAAGACCUGCAGAAAUCCAUUGCGGUAGUUGAACAGCAGAUGGCUCUUCAAGCAAAGGAAGUUGAUACUUCGAGCGUUAAAGUUGAAUCAUCCGUAGCUGAGCUGAUUGAAAGUCCACUGAAGAACUUGAAAUCCACCAUGGCGGCUAUACAGAAUCUCGAGACGGAAGAAACCGAAGAAAUGACCAAUGAGGAAAGGACAACAGCUCUAAAGGCGUUUGCCAGGUGUCUUGAAGAGAUUGGACAGGUCUGUUCCAUAGCUUCUAGCCAGCAGAAGAUGGAGACUACUCUUCUGCAGCAGCCUCAAGUAGCUAAAUUAGAGUUUGAACAGCAAGUUCUCGAAGCCAUAUCAGGUCCCAUUCAAGUGUUACGAGAAACUGUGUCUAAGAUCGAUGAAGAAACCCAAGAAGCUGAAGCUCUUCUGGUAUCUGAGACCAAAGAAGCAGCUAACGUUUUGCAUACCUUGGUCCAGCCUUUGGAACAACUUGAAAAAUGCUUAUCCGUGGCUGUCGAGCAGACUAGCAUCGCUGGAGAAGAAUCUGCAAAGGAAAUGAAAGAUCUUCCGGCUUCUAUGAAACUAAACGUGGAACCUGUUCUUCAAGAACUACAGAAAUCGAUUGCGACGAUUCAGGAACAAGUAUCCUUUGAAACGGGAAUGGAAAAAUCAGCUGAUAAAUUGGAAACUUCGGUAGCCAAAGCUAUAGAAGAGCCAUUAGAAAAAUUGAAAGCUUCCGUAGCAGCUAUUGAAGAGAUAGUAUGCAAAACCGAGCAAACUCAAAAUCUAUCUGAAUCAGAAAAGAGCUCGAUUCUAAAAUCCUUUGCAAAAUCUGUUGAAGAGAUCAGUCAGCAUUGUGUGGCAAUGAUUUCUCAAAAAGCAGUUCCAAAAACGUUAGAAAAAUCGCAGGUAGCCAUACUUGAAGAAGCCAUCAGUCCUCUGAAAGCUUUGAGAGAGGCCAUCGACAAGAUUGAAGAUGAAAAUCUUCAGGAAGCUGAAAAGCUUGACACUUUGGAAGCUAAAGAACUAGAAAAAUCCUUGAAGAUUCUUGUUGAACCGCUACAAAAACUGGAAACUUCAUUAUUAUCAACAGUUGAACAGGCAGUAUUGACACAACUCGAAGAAACUGAAGAAAUGAAGGAUAGUGUUCCAUCAGCAGAGAAACUGGAUAUUUCUCCUGUUGUUGAGGAGCUUCAGAAGUGUGUAGCUACAGUUCAAGAACAAGUGAAGUUACAGACAGCGACAGCAAGCCCUGAAGAGAAAGCUGUCCUGGUACAAGCUGCAGAAAAGUCGUUGGAAGAAUUAAGUUCUUCGUUGACUGUCAUUCAAAGCAUAGUUGCCACUGUAUCCAACGAAGAAGAGAAAGUUUCAGACAUGGAUAAAAUGACAGCUGUUCAACAGUUUGCCCAAUCUGUCCAUGAACUUGAAGAGAAGUGCCUGGUCAGUCAAGAACAAGUAGAAGUGAAAGAAACAGCGAAGGAAAUUGAAGGAAUCGAUGCUAAAGCAAUGGAGACCAUCGUUGCUCCUGUUCACGCGUUACGCGAGACUAUCCUGAAGAUCCAAGAAGAAAAUUUGGAAGAAGUAGGAACUCUAAGAACUGAAGAGAUGAAGUUACAAGUACUGAGUCCUCUUGUACACCCUCUCGAAGAAUUAGAAAGAUGUUUGAUCACCGCUGUUCAGCAGGAAAGUGGUCAGAAACUCGAAACUACAGAAGAAAUAAAGAAAGAGUCUCUAGAAAAAGUAGUUUUGAAACCAAUUCUUGAAGAGUUAAAACAGAACAUCGUUAUUGUUCAAAAACACUUAGCUAUGGAACCUGAAUCGAGUUUCAAACUAGAAGCUGUGAAGAAUAUAACUGAAGCUAUCGAAGAAUUGUAUACUACAGCUACAGCUGUUCAGCAGGUGGUCGCAAUUUCCUCUGAAGAAGCUGAAGAAAUGAAGACUUCAAAGGCUUCUGCUUUGGAAUCCUUCGCGAAAUCAAUGGAACAAUUGGAAGAAAGAUGUCUAGCAGUAAUUAAUCAGCAAAAAGCAGAAAAAAUUGAAAAACCUGAGAAACAACAAGGAAAAUUAGUAGAUGCACAGGUUCUUCAGAAAAUCACUGAUACGAUACACGUUUUGCGGGAAUCUCUGUCUCAAAUUGAAGAAGAGAAACUACAGGAAGCUAAAGAACUGAAAAUAACGAAAGAAGAAGAAGAAGCUGGAUUAAAAUUGAACGUUCUUAUUGAGCCUCUAAAUGUAUUAGAAAAAGCUUUAAUGACAGCCGUGGAAGAAAGUAAAAUUGUGACUGAAGAAACCACGCAGGAGUUGAAGAAAACGGAAAUAGCAGUAGAAAAAUUGAAUCUCCAGCCUGUUCUCGAAGAAUUACAGAAAUCAAUCGCUGUUGUUCAACAAGGAACGAGUAAAACUGCAGUUUCCGUUGACGAAUCUGAUCUGAUGAAGAUGGCUCAGAAGUCUCUUGAAGAAAUGAAGUUAUCCAUGGCGGCUGUUCAAGAGCUGGUAUCUCAUCAAGCCCAAGAGAUCAAAGCGGAAGAAAAAUUAGAAGCUUUUGCCAAAUCCAUGGAGGAGGCUGGAGAGAAUCUGCUGGCUGUAGCCAAACAACAAGAACUGAAGAAAGCUACUUUACGCAUAGAAGAACCCCCGGCCUUGAAGGUAUCUGAAGACUUCGUGAAGACUGUGGUGACACCCAUCGCUGAACUACAUACCACCAUCGUAAAAAUUGAUAAAGAAACUGAACUGUCAAAGGAGAAGGAAAAAGAAGAAGCAGUGAUAUUCCUGAGCAUGGUUCAGCCAUUAAAAAAAUUAGAAGAAUCAUUCUUGUCAGCUGUGCAGGAAGAAAUGAAACAGGAAGCUGCUGAAGAAAUUCGUCCAGCAAUUCCAGUUCUACAGAAACUGCCUAUUCAAUCUACCCUGAAGAAGUUGAACAAAAACGUGGCAGAGAUUCAAGAACAAUUGGUCCUUGCCAAAGAAACCUUGACUCGAACAGGAAGCACCGAAGAUGUAGCUGUGAUAAAAACUCUGGAACGUUCGUUGAGUAAUUUGAGAACCUCUUCGGCAAUAGUUCAGCAACUGGCAGCCAUUGAAGAACCUGGACAGCAAAUCCUGGACGUGGAGAACGUGUCCGCUUUGCAGGCUUUUGCGAUAGCUGUUGAAGAGUUCAAAAAGAGCUGUGCAGCUAUAAUUUCAAGGCCUGCUGUGAUGUCCAGUAUCAUUGGAAAGGUACACCUUGAAGAAAUAACGAAGAAGGAAGCUUCUAGCACGGAAACCAUCCUGGUUCCUGUUAAAAUAUUGCAAGAAUCCAUCUGUACGAUCGAGGAACUGAAAUUACAAGAAACAGGAAUUCUGGACACAUCGGAGAUAAAGAAACCAACAACGGUGUUAAGCGAAUUGAUAGCUCCUCUUCAGCAAUUGGAGCAAUCCUUCAUGGCCGCCAUUCAGGGAGAACACGUGAUCGAACAUGCUGCAGAGAGUUUUGAAACUGAUAAAGCGUCCUUCGAGAAGACAGCUCUGAAACCCAUCCUCGAGGAGUUCCAAAAGUCAAUCGCUAUCGUUCAAGAGCACAUGAUUCUUGAAGAAGGUGCGCAGAGUUUAUCAGAUGCUGAAGAAGCCUCUCUGAAGAUGAUGGCGCAGACUGUGACGGACUUGAAGACCUCUGUUGCUGCCAUCCAACAGAUAACUGAAACAGUCCCAGAAAUGGCAAACGAAUUAUCUAAAGGUGAAAGUGUCGCCGCCUUUGAGACUUUCGCCAAGUCUCUUCACGACCUGGUGGAAAGAGCGGCGACCAUCGACCAUCAGCAAAUCAUCCUCGAACCUGCAGCAGACACCAUAUCAGAGGACGCUUCUUCCUUGAAGACAUGGGCGGAUAUUGUUGAAGACUCACCUGUUCAAGCUUUGGAGCCUAUGAUCGUGGACCAAGGUACCAUAGAAUCUCCAUCGGAAAUAGCCUUGUCUAUAUCUGAAGAAGAAGCUCAGGUUCUGAAGGGGUUGGCUAAGCCUCUGAGCGAACUGCGAGAAUGUCUGGCUGUGGUUGUUGAAGAACGAAAGUCGAUGGACGCGAACGAAAUGGCAUUCUCUAUGUCUGAAAGAGAGGAUCUCUCGUUGCUGAAGACAGUGGCACAGCCUUUAUUGGAGCUAAAAAACGCAGCCGUCUCUGUGAUUCUGGAACAAACUGCCGUCGAAUCAGCUGGAGAGAAAUCCUUUGAAGAAAAACCGGAAACCAACCUGAAUCCUCUGAUAGAAUCCCUUGAAGAACUCUGUCACUCUAUUGCGUUGAUCGAAGAUCAGAUGCUCGUUGAAUCAGCUGAAGACCGAACGAUUGAUGAAGUUUCCUUGCUGACAGCUUUAGCGGAGCCUCUGAUGACGUUGCAGAGAAGCGUUUGUGUCCUUGAAGAACGAGUGCUCUCGCCUGACGUGGAACCGUUGCCUGAAGAAUCCAAUUGGAUCAACGAGUGCUUGGCAGUUCCUCUUCAGGAAAUAGAAAAAUCCAUCGCCGAGAUUCGGGAAUGUUGCGUCGUAGAGCCUGAGGAACAGUUGAGGAUGGUCACACUGGACUGGUCGGUAGUUGAGAAACUGGUAGAACCUGUGGAAGUCAUAAGAUCGACCAUCAUCGGUAUGGAAGAUACUGUUGCUGAAGAAAUGAAAAAGUGUACAAUCAUGAAGAAUCUGAUACAACCGUUGUCCGAGGUCCACGAGAGCUUCAUGCUGUUGAAGGAUAGAACAGACUUAACCGUUGCUGAAGAAGAAGCCAGUAUCGAUGCCAUAGUGGAUUCCUUAUCCAACCUUGAGAAGAGUAUAUCAUUUAUCGAAGAACAAACUGCUGAGAAAGUUGAAGACGUGUCGUCGAGUGCUAAAGAUGAUAGACUGGUGAUUGGUACUUUAACUGAGUCCUUGAUGCAGCUGAAGGAAUCUAUCAUGACUGUAGAAGAGUCUCCAACGGUGUACCUUGAGAAUCUGGAACAGCCUUUGAAGGAAUUGCAGUCAGCUUUGGAAAGUGUUUCAAAUAUUCGACGUGAAAAGGCAGAGAAAGAGAAGACGAAGAAGAUUGUUUCGUUGGAAGAAGCUACUAGGGUUUCGACAAGGUUGAAGAACUCGAUUAAAGAAAUAAAUGAUUCUAUUGAGUCUAUAGAUAAUAAGAUAGAGAGCUUCAAAGGAUUGUUGGGUAUCGAAGUUCAGAUUGAAAACGAGGCUUUGAAAUCCCUGGCCAAACCUCUCGAAGGACUUAAAGGAGGAAUUGAAAAAAUAUUGGAGAAGGAAGAGGUUGAAGGAUCGACUGUGGAUUCUCUUCGAAAACUUCGAAAUGCAAUUGGGAUUAUCCGUCAACAAUCGGCUGAUAAGCCCUUGGCUGAAUCAUUCCACUUUGAAACAGUGGAUAUCGUUGGAAUGUUGAGACCACUGACGCCAUGUUUGCAUGAAUUGGAGACUUGUACUGAAAAGGUUGAAACAGCCUGGAAGGAAAAUUCAGCUGGCGAAGGGUUGGUUGAGCUUGAAACACCUAUUUCGAAUUUGAUGGACACGAUAAAUAUCCUUCGUGAGAAAUUGUUAAGGCUGGAUAUUGUGUGGGUGACCGAAGAAGAGAAGAAGAAAAAAGAGGCGAGGAAAAAGGAAGAGGAGAAGGCUGAAAAAUUAAAACAAGAGGAAGAAGAGCACAAGAAGAAAGAAGAAGCUGAGAAAUUGAAACAAGAGGAGGAAGAGCGCAAAAAGAAAGCAGAAGCUGAGAGAUUGCAACGAGAAGAGGAAGAGCGUAAGAAGAAAGAGGAAGCUGAGAGAUUGAAACAAGAAGAGGAAGAGCGCAAAAAGAAAGAAGAGACUGAAAGAUUGAAACAAGAAGAGGAAGAGCGCAAAAGGAAAGAGGAGACUGAGAGAUUGAAACAAGAAGAGGAAAAGCGCGAAAAGAAAGAAGAGCCUGAGAAAUUGAAACAAGAAGCAGAAGAGCACCGGAAGAAAGAAGAAGCUGAGAGACUGAAGCAAGAGGAGGAGUGCAAAAAGAAAGAAGAAGCUGAGAAAUUAAAACAAGCUGAAGAGGAGGGUAUAAAAAGAGAGGAAGAAGAACGUAAGAAAACAGAAGAAGAAGAGAAACUAAGACAGGAAGGGGAGGCACGUAAGAAAAAAGAAGAGGAAGAAAAAAUAAAGCAAGAGGAAGAGGCACGUAAAAUAAAAGAAAAAGAGGAGAAAUUAAAACAAGAAGAAGAAGAACGUAAGAAAAAAGAAGACGAAGAAAAACUUAGACAAGAGGAAGAGGCACGUAAAAGAAAAGAAGAGAGACUGAAACUGGAAGAGGAACGCAAAAAGAAGGAAGAAGGGGAGAAAUUACAAUUAGAACAAGAGCGCAAGAAAAAGGAAGAAGAAGAUAAAUUGAAACAAGCAGAAGAGGAACGUAAGAAAAAAGAGGAAGAGGAACGUCAGUGGAAAGAGAAAGAGGAAAAAUUAAAACAGGAAGAGGAAAGAUUAAAACAAGAGGAGGAAGCACGUAAAAAGAAGGAAGAACAAGAAAGAUUAAAACAACAGGAGGAAAAACGUAAGAAAAAAGAGGAAGAAGAUAAUCUGAAGCGAGAAGAAGAAGAACGUAAGAAUAAAGAAAAGGCUGAAAAAUUAAAACAAAAAGAAGAGAAAUUGAAACGCGAGGAGGAAGAGCGCAAAAAGAAAGAGGAGCAGGACAGAUUAAAGCAGCAAGAAGAGGAACGCAAGAAAAAAGAGGAAGAAGAAAAGCUAAAACUUGAAGAGCAAGAGCGUAAAAAAAGGGAAGAGGCUGAAAAAUUAAAACAGGAGGAAGAACUUAAGAAGAAACAAGAAGCUGAAAAAUUGAAGCAGGAAGAGGAACGCAAGAAGAAAGAAGAAGCUGAAAAAUUGAAGGCAGAGGAAGAACGCAAAAAGAAAGAAGAGGCUGAGAAACUUAAGCAGGAAGAGGAACGCAAGAAGAAAGAAGAAGCUGAAAAAUUGAAGGCAGAGGAGGAACGCAAAAAGAAAGAAGAGGCUGAGAAACUUAAGCAGGAAGAGGAACGCAAGAAGAAAGAAGAAGCUGAAAAAUUGAAGGCAGAGGAAGAACAUAAAAAGAAAGAAGAGGCUGAAAAACUUAAGCAGGAAGAAGAACGCAAGAAGAAACAAGAAGCUGAAAAAUUGAAGGCAGAGGAAGAACUUAAAAAGAAAGAAGAGGCUGUCAAACAAAAGGAAGACAAGAAACAUAAAAAGAAAGAAGCUGAAAAAUUAGAAACAGAGGAAGAACAUAAAAGGAAAGAAGAAGCUGAGAAACAAAAAGAGGAGGAAGAACGCAAAAAGAAAGAAGCUGAACAAUUGAAAGAACAAGAAGAACGUAAAAAGCGAGAAGAAGCAGAGAAAUUAAAGCAAGAACAGGAAAACCGCAAACUUGAAGAAGAAUCCAAGAAAAAGAAAGAGGAGCAAGAACGAAAGCAGAAAGAACAAGCAGAGAAGCUGAAACAAGAAGAAGCUGAAAUAUCAAAGAAAGCUGAAUCAGACACACUGAAAAAGAAAGAAGAAAAAUUAAAAAGAAAAAAGGAAGAACUAAAACAACAGCGGGAAGAAGAUGAACGAAAAGAAAAAGAAGAGGCUGAAAAGCGAAGAAAGGAGCAAGAACAGAGGAAGAAGGAAAGGGAAGAGCGUGCCAAGAAAGAAGAAGAGGAAAGACUUAAGCGUGAGGAAGAGGAACGCAAGCGAAAAGAAGAAAAAGCAAAGCAGAAAAAAGAGGAAGAAAACCGCAGAAAAGCAGAGGAAGCGGAAAGACUGAAGAAAGAACAAGAAAAAGAAGAACAAAGGCGGGAAGAAGCUAAACGACGACGUGAAGAACAAGAAAAACAAAUCAGACAGGAAACUGAAAAAAUUCGAAAAGCAGAAGAAGAAAGAUUAAAAAAAGAAGACGAGACUCGUGAACGCAGAAGAAAGGAACGUGACCUCCGAAGACAGGAAGAAGAAGAGAAACUUCAUAAAGAGGAGGAGGAAAGAACAAAAAGGGAGGAAGAACGCAGAAGAAGAAGAAGAGAGGCUGAAAGACAAUGGAGAGAGGAUGAAGAAGCGAUCAGAAGAAAAGAAACCGAACGUUUGGAACGCAGGAGAGCUGAAGAUCGUCAAAAUCGGGAAGAAAUGGAACGUUUAAAAAGGGAAGACGAAGAAAGAAGACGCAGAAGAGAUGAAGACAGGCAAACGAGACACGAAGAAACAGUGAAAGCAUUGAAAGAAGAACACGAUCGUUUAAGGAAAAGGCAAGAAGAAGAAACAUCCAGACUUCGAAAAAGAAGACAGGAACAGAUAAGAGACGAUAGCUGGUCUAGAAUGAGACAAAGCGAAUCAGAUCAAUUGUUGAAGAAAAUGGCAGAUGAUUCUUUCAGACUUGGAACUAGUAAAACGUUUUCUUCGGACCUUGAUUUUCACAGAGAUAAAUCAUACAAAUACGAUUCUGGUUUUGAAUCUGCAUUGUCUAGUGCUUCGAGAUCGUACAGUUGGAGAGAUUCGUUGACUUCAUUAACUAGAAGAAGAGUUGAUGAUUUUAUUGAUUAUAAAUUAAGAGACACCUCGAUGGAUAGGUACUACUUUGAUACGGGUGGUUAUUAUCGAAGAAGAAGAAAGAGGGACGAUCGAAUUACUCGAGCUAGAUCAAUUAGUUUAUUAAAAUACGAUGACUAUUCGACCGGCGAUAGCGACACGACUAUCACACCUGCCAGUCCUAUAUUGUCUAGGUAUAGCAGAACGAAAACGAGAAGUCGAAAUGAUCUUGAUGAUCGAGGAUCGAACUUAUCGCUCUAUCUACCUCCAAUUAAAGACGAGAUUACACCACGUGAAAAAGGAAAGAAACCAUCGUUCUGCACAAGACUAACAAAUAGAACCGUAGGGGUUGGUAUGAGGACAAGAUUAACAUGCACCGUGUUGGGUCACCCGGAACCACGAGUUUAUUGGACGAAGGAUGGCGAGAAGCUCGAAACGAUUUCGAACAAAUAUCGAAUUCGAUUCGAUAACGGUAUGGCUUAUUUCGAAUUGCAUGAAGCGCUCCCCGAAGAUUGCGGACUGUAUACAUGUGUUGCCGAAAAUGUUCAUGGAAUCGCGAGCACCGAAUCCGCGUUAAAAGUUUACCCUGAUUUCCAACCAGCAUUGUCACCCCCUACCUUCACCAGGUCCAUUAAAGACACUUAUCGACCUUCUAACAAUGAAUUGAUCCUGGAAUGUCGAGUACGCGGCCAUCCUAUUCCAUUGAUCUCCUGGUUGAAAGACGGCUGCAUUUUGCAAGGUGAUCGUUAUAAACAAUGCUAUUUAGACGACGAUAUCUAUCGAUUGGAAAUCGCUGCACCGAAUUCGAAGGACAAUGGACGAUACACCUGCAGAGCGAUGAACGACCUGCGAACCGAGGAAAUCUCCCACGUGGUUCAAUUUAACGAACGAGAUCGACGAGUUACGAGCAAACACGAGAAACUUUACGACGACCACUUCAGCAUCGAAGCUUUCAGGAGGCCUCGUUUCUCUAAUUACUUGACCGAUUACAGUGUUCCAACUGGUGGCACAGUUGCUUUGCAAGUCGAAGUCAAAGGAGUACCAGCACCGGAAGUAAGAUGGUUCUGUGGCGAGAAAAAGGAACCCGUCUCGAUUCCAAAGGCGAAGACAUUCACGGAAUCGGGUGUGCAUACUUUAGUCCUACCGGAAGUGACUGAAUCCGAGAGGGGCACGUACAUGUGCAGAGCAAUUAACGCUUACGGUCAUGUGGAUAGUAUCGCCAUCGUGGAUGUGAUAUCACCGAGUGGCAGUGAUAGUGGAAAACCUGCCAUGUUCGUCUCGAGACCCGUGGAUAAAUCCAUCACAGUCACCUCUGGAGAGGAUGUCAGUGUGUCGUUCAGAUUUUCUGGAGUGCCAAAGCCAAAAAUCAUCUGGAUGAAAGGGUUAAAGGACAUCACAGAUGGUCCUCGAUCUCACAAGGAAGUAAUCGAUGACUAUGUGAGAUUAACCUUGAAGAGGGUGGUUCCUUCUGACGAGGGUACCUAUUGCAUACUUCUGAAGAAUAGAUACGGUUGCGACAGAAGUUUCUUCUCCCUCAAGGUGAAACAACGUGCGAGAUCGUUAACACCUGACUGGAGUACCUUGAGCAGCCGCACAGAAACCGGAAGUCUUCAUGGUAUCUCGAGCGAAAGUCGCGAUGAUGAAAUGUCCUACGUGAAAAAUGUUCCAGGGCCUAUUAGCAGUGAACCAGUCGUCGUUGAUGGAGGAAAAAAUUGGCUAUCAUUAAGUUGGGGAAAAGCUGAAAGGAGAGGACCAGCACCUGUCAUCGCCUAUAGGGUUGAUGCUUGGUUAUUGGGAAGCGACGGUGGUGCACGAUGGGUCGAGCUGGGAAUGACACCUAUCAACGCGUUCGACGCGUUCAAUCUGAAGCCAGGAGGCGAAUACAAGUUCCAAGUGACACCAAGGAAUCGUUAUGGAUGGGGCGAGUCUGUGACGAUGACGAACUCUGUGAGGGUCAGCGAGACCGUCGAUCUUCCGGAAUUCACCAAGAUCUUGCCAGGUCAGCUCAAGGUCCUCGAAGGAACGACAGUCAAAUUGGAAUGCGAGAUUCGAGUUGAUUCACACGUAGACGUAAAAUGGUACCGAGAAUCUACAGAGAUCGAUCCCAAUGAUGAUCCCAGAUACUCGAUCUUUUAUAAUGGAUCCAGGUGUUCGCUUACCAUUGAAAAGGUGCAGGAAAGUGAUAAUGGAAGAUACGUUUGCGAGGCAAGUAAUCUGGUUGGAAAAGCAUCGUCCUUCGCCAGAGUGCUCGUCGUCGAUGAUCCGAAGAUCAUCGAAGCCGAUGCAAAACUGAAAUCAAGGCUUUUGGGAGACGAUACGGAAGACCGACCACCAGAAUUUACCAUGAGAAUCCGAGACAGGAGGGUUCAAGCCACGUAUCCCGUAAGAUUAACUUGUCAAGUGACAGGACAGCCGGUUCCAGUGGUUACGUGGUACAAAAACGACACCGAGAUUCGUCAAGAUGAGCGCCAUAUAUUCUGGGACGACGACUCCAACUUCCACACCCUAGAGAUCACUCAUUCCACGCUAGAAGAUUCCGGCUGUUACAUGGUCACAGCAAAGAAUGCGAAUGGUUCGGUGUCCUGUCGAUGUAUCCUGGUCGUGGACAAAGGAAUUCGUGCUUACAUAGCCCCAGAAUUUUUGUGCGGCCUCGAUGCUGCUUAUACGGUGAAAUUGGGUGGAGAUCUAAGAAUGACGGCCCAGAUCGAAGCGUAUCCCAGUGUCGGCGUGGUGUGGCAUCGUGAUGGAAAUCGUCUUCGUCCCAGCAGAAGAACAGUAAUGACCCUGAACCAUGAUGGUACCGUUGAACUUUCCUUGGCAAAGGUAACUGCAAGGGAUGCUGGUGUUUAUUGCUGCACAGCUACCAACGAAGUUGGCCACGCUGAGACCUCAACGAGGGUGUCCAUUAUUGGCACUGAGACUGAAGGUGAACAGACGUCCCUCGAUGGAGUGCCAACUGUGACACUGGCUUCGUCCGAUAUACCAUACUCGAAGGAGCCAUUGUUCGUUACGAAACCUCUGUCCACCGAGGCUAUCGAGGGUGAUGCUGUGAUAAUAUCCUGUGAAGUGGUCGGUGAUCCGAAACCGGAAGUGAUGUGGUUGCGCGACUUUCUUAAGCCUGACUACUACAGGGACGCAGCCCAGUUCAGGCUGGUCGGCGAAGGACCUCAAUAUCGUCUGGAAAUACCGUAUGCGAAACUCGACUUUACGGGAACCUACUCCGUGAUAGCUCGCAACUGCCAUGGGGAGGCGAAAGCCGUGAUUUCUUUGCAGAUAUACGCGAAAGGCCAAGGUAAAGAGGAGAAGAUGAAGAAAUCAGGGGUUACACACGGCAAUGUACUGACUUUACCGGUGAUCACGAGAGAGCUUCGGGAUCUCAGGUGUUGCGAUGGCGAUGCUGUCACCCUUGAAUGCAAAGUUCAAGCUACACCGGAGGCACCUCUUGUUCGAUGGGAACGCGGAGGAAAGAUUCUACAAAUGAGCGGGGAUUUUUCAUCGGAAUUCGACGGAGAAACUGCUCGUUUGAGUAUUCAACAUGUCUAUCCUGAAGACGAGGGCGAAUACACCUGCGUGGCUUACAACGACCUCGGCAAAGCAUUUACAUCGGCGUGUCUAAUAGUGGAUGUUCCUGAGGGGAAGGAAAAUGUUUUGUGCCAAAGACUUACGAGGCCUGCGGGUUUGUUGUCAGCAGGAUCUACACCGAGAUCGACGCCGCGAUCGACGCCGAUUAGAAGCUUAUCUCCAGCCGUGUCGCAUGGCCGAGAAUUGAGGUCUCCGCAGCUUUUACCGCGAAGCAGAUCAAUGUUGAGACGACCAAAAAUCAGUCCGCCGAAAUUUUACGCGGUUCCGCACAACCGGGUCGUCGAGGAAGGUGAAACCGUACGAUUCCAGUGCGCCGUGGUGGGUCAUCCAACGCCGUGGGUGAAAUGGGACAAGAAUGGUUUAGCGGUAACCCCUACGGCGAGGAUCUCUAUAAAAGAAAGAGACGAUGUUAAAAUAUUGGAGAUCGUCGAAGUUACCCAAGAGGACGCAGGAUUGUACAGAGUGAUAGCGGAGAACGAUUAUGGUCGCAUCGAAGCGAGUGCUCGUCUGGAAAUUAUAAAUCGUCAGUUACUUGGCCCAGUGUCUCGAACCAUCAGAACCAGGAGUGCAUCGCCCAGAACUUACCCAUCUUUUGGUCGAAGCCUCUUAGACACGACCAGUAGAAUAAAUGGACGAUUAUAUCUUGAUUGUAGCAUCAGAGGAACGCCGAGUCCGACACCAACAUGGUUCAGAAAUGGACGACCGUUGGAACGAUCGAAUCGAAUAAAAAGAUACUUCGAUGGUAAAACCGCCAAAGUAGAAAUUUCAAAAGUGAAAGCAAGUGACGCGGGUGAAUACACCUGCGUGGCAACGAACGUCCUUGGUUCCACGAAAAAUACUUGUCAGGUGAUCGUUCUUGACCCCCAUGAUCCGUCUACGUCUGACAAAAAUGCACCAAAAUUUUUGCAAUCCCUUCCUGAUGAAUCUAUCGUGAUGGAGGGCCAUUGCUACGAGCUUCAAACUAGGCUCACGGGCACUCCACCUUUCUCAGUCACUUGGUUGAAAAACGAUCGCGAGAUACCUGACAACGAUUGCUGUAAAUACAUAAUAUAUGGCGAUGGUGGAAUCGCUCUUAGGUUGUCGAACGUUUGUUCAGAAGAUGCUGGAGAAUACACCUGCCUUGUUCGUAACAAUUUCGGAGAAGCGUCUUGUAACGGUCUCUUUGCUGUUCAAGAUUACAAAGGUGUUCCGAAAUUGGCACCGCAGUUCACCAAAACCCCAUUGUCUGUCAUCACGUCGAAAGGUGAGACUGCGUGUUUCUGUGCUCGAGUGCAAUGUGGAAAACCCAUGGAAAUCGCAUGGACGAUCAAUGGAAAAGAUGUUAAAGAAAAUCCAAGGUGUAAGAUUGAACAGGACGACAACGUGAGCAUUUUAAGGAUACAGGACGUGUCUGCUCGAGACGUUGGCGAUAUUCGAUGCACAGCAUCCGUGAUCGGAAAAGGGCCAUCGAUUAGCUGCACAGCACAAUUGCAAUUAAAUCGACCCGUCCGCAAUAUCGAGGACUCCGCAUCGAAGUGCAAUAACGCACAGGCGGAAAUUCGAAAUGGAAGACCACCGCCAAAACCGGGCAAUUUCACUCGUAACAAUUCUCUGCGAAAAACGGCACGAGACGUCCCCUCCCUAUCUCAAAAUCAACGCAACGAAUCACCGAUGCGAUCAAGAUCAUCUUCGUUACCUCUGAGAACGAGUCCUCAACGAUCGUCUCCUGCAGCUACUCGAAGAAACACACCGAGUCCAUUGCCGGACACCAGAAAAGCUUCGGAAAAUAAACUAAUGAAGAAAGAAAGAAAUUUUAAAAAACUGGAGAGGAUCCAAAAAGAUGAAAAGGUUCCAUCAUCCUCAAAAGAUGAAGAAGCUACUAAUAAGCCUCCCGAUGAUAAACCUCGUUUGAAGAAUUCAGAGGAUGACGAAGAGAAGUGUUCGAUGUCGCUGAAUUCUGAUUUUAGUAAGACUGAAAAUGGUAGGAAACGAAGCCAGGAUAACGGUAAUAAACACGACGAUACCCCGAUAAUAUGCAUGGAAUGCGCGGUGGAAGAACCGGACGAGGCUUCGAAGAAGGACCAAGAAACGGUGACGAAAGCGGAGAAAGUGGAUUCUGUGAGAAAGGAAUUCCUAGCGGCGAGUAUAAUUAAGGUACCAGCUGACGUGACGGUGUUCACAGGAAAUAGGGUUGUCCUCAGGGUCACGUAUCGAGGUCAUCCAGAACCACGUGUCAGAUGGUUUCGAGCGGGGCGGGAACUGACACCAAACAAAAAGACUGCCAUCACCUAUGGCGGUGGAGUUUCCUGUUUGAUAUCAGACGACGUCACUGCCGACAAUGCAGGGAAAUAUGAAGUGUCCGUUGAAAAUGAAUUUGGAAAAGAUCGUCGAUGUUUCAGCGUUGCUGUUGAAGGACCACCCGAUCCACCAGCGGGUAUUCCCAGCGUGUGCUGUUCUCCAGGAACUGUCACCAUCAAUUGGCGAUCUUCGCCUUACGACGGAGGUUGCACGGUCACCGGAUACACCGUGGAGAUGAGCCAUCCAGGUGAAAACACGUGGACGAGGAUCGCGGAAUCCUGUCUCUCGUUGAGUCUCACGGCACCAGCUUCCGGGACGAACGCACCGAUACCUGGGGAAAAAUAUCGUUUUCGCGUCAGAGCAGAGAACAUCCACGGUGUCAGCGAACCUGGUGACGAGUCUGAAUUCGUCCGAAUCCCGAAGGAAGGGGAGAUGUGUUUACAGGAUGACGAAGAAGAAUUCGAAGCAGCCUUCGAGGCCCGAUUGGUGGAAAUGGAAGAUGGGCAAUUAUUCAACAAUCGAUACGAAGUAUUGGAAGAAUUAGGAAAAGGACGAUACGGUGUCGUGAAGAGGGUCGUCGAAAGAUCUUCCAGCACGAGUUUCGCCGCGAAAUUUGUAAGGACGAUCAAAAGCAAGGACAAGGAACAAGUUCGAGAAGAGAUCAAGAUCAUGAACAUGCUACGACAUCCGAAGCUUCUUCUUCUCGCUGCUGCUUACGAGAGUCCUCGAGAAAUUGUAAUGGUCACUGAAUAUAUUUCUGGGGGUGAAUUAUUCGAAAGGGUUGUCGCAGACGAUUUCACCCUCACUGAAAGGGACAGUAUAUUGUUCAUGAGGCAGAUCUGCGAGGGUGUUGAAUAUAUGCAUCAAAACAAUGUGGUGCAUCUGGACCUGAAACCGGAGAAUAUAAUGUGCAGAACGCGAACCUCUCACCAGAUCAAGUUGAUCGAUUUCGGUUUAGCUCAGACUCUGAAACCGGACACACCGAUCAGAGUACUGUUCGGUACACCGGAAUUCAUUCCACCGGAAAUUAUAAGCUACGAGCCGAUUGGCACCGAAUCGGACAUGUGGAGCGUCGGUGUGAUCUGCUAUGUUUUACUGACCGGUUUGUCGCCGUUUAUGGGCGAUAACGACGCUGAAACGUUCGCCAACAUUACUCGAGCUGACUACGACCUCGAGGAUCAGGCUUUCGACGCGAUAUCGAACGAUGCUAAGGACUUCAUCAGUGGUCUGCUCGUCAAACGAAAAGAAUUGCGAAUGUCGGCAAGACAGUGUUUGGAACAUCCUUGGAUGGCCCAGCACGCGGAAGCGAUGAGCAGGAUAGCCUUGCCGACGGAGAAAUUGAAGAAGUUCAUUGUACGAAGAAAGUGGCAGAAAACAGGAAACGCCAUUCGUGCACUGGGAAGAAUGGCAAUUCUUUCAGCGAACAGCAGACGAAGUCCAACGGGUACCGCUGAAUCCUCGCCAACCUCUGAACGUCCAAACCCCAUUGAUUCACCGCGCCCCAUCAAUUUCGACGUAUCCCCAACAACGGAAUCAAAGAAACAUGACAUUGAUGAUCGAACAGAGAAGAAAAAAUCGACGGGAGAGUCGGAUGUUCGAGAGAGAAACGUGUAUUCCUUCUGUUACAAGACGGAGGUGAACAUCUUGCCGGAAGAAACGUUAGAUUCCUCCGAGAGAGAAGAAGCACGAGUCUCGUCGGACCUUGACGAGGCGUCCCUGAAAAAUGAACCGGCCUGGGAUCGCGUAAGAUCGUGUUCUCGAGGAAAUGGAUCCGAAGAGAUUCAAGAAACUGACACCUCUGAAGAGGCACAGAAGCCAGACGAGGCUCACUUGGAGGAGCCAGUUCCUAUGGAGAAGAUCGAGGAGGAAACGGAAGAGAUAAUCACGCGAUGCCGCUACGAGGAGCGUAUCACGAUAAAAGAAGAAACUUUGUUUGUUCAAAAUUUCGAACCAGAAAGAAACACUUUAAACAUCGAGAGUUAUUCAACGUCCAUGACAUCGUGCAACGAAGAAGAUUAUUCGAACAAUAUAUCUGAAGAAGUUACUUCGAGUAUUAACAAAGAAACCGAUGUACCUGAGGCGAAUAAAGUGAAGACGAUACGGAAGAUCGAAGAGAAAAGAAUCGACGAAGAAAUAUCUGAAACGGAGAAAGUAUCAAAGGAGAAGAUCGAUCAAAAGCUUAGACGUGUCUUCAGAGGUGAUUCGAGAGACUCUGGGAUAGGCGAUUGCAUUUCGAAUUUGUCUUCUUCAUCGCAACAAGUGAACGAGCUUGGUAUAUCGUCGAUUAAAGAAGAGGAGACGGACAAUGAUAAUAAUAAUGGUAAUGCGAGAAGCGUGUCGAAGAAAGUGGAACAGUUUGAAAAUAGGAAAAUCUUCGUGGAGAAAAUGACUGAUAACGAGAUGACCCAGGAGAAUUCUGACGUUUCGGAUCCAAAGAAAUGUACCAAAGGAAGUAUCGAGGUAGAUACGCUGAGCGAUGUGACUAAAAUUAACCGACAGCAUGAAGCGGUCAACGAAAUUGAGGACCCAAGGCUAUUAAUUGGACGCGUUCGAAGUAAGUUCGUGCCGACCGGAAACGUGAGUAGGACCGCGAAAUUGUUCGAAAAAGAGGCAACGGCAUCGAAAUCACCGGCGAACGUUCCUCAAGUCCCGCAACGAACGUAUCCUGCGGUCCCUGUGGUGGCUGGAAAACCACAGAACGAAAGGAUACAGAAAGCUUUUGCCUUCUGGAAUAAGUAAAUCAUCCAAAUAUCAUCGUUAGGUAUACGUCAUUCACGAAUCCAAUAAUAUCGAAAAAGAUUGAAAAACAAGAAUCAUCGAUACGAUAGCGCGAACUUGAACUUUAGAAUUAAUCGUUAUUUUAAUCAUAAAAAUAAAGUAUUUAUUUAACAACGUUUCUAAUCAGUUCCACGUAGUUUGGGACGAUUGUUUACAGCACAAAACCCGAUAUUAUCGUUAAUCCCUUCUUCUUCUUUCUUCUUUUUCUUCUUUUUUUUUAUGUAUGUAUCAGUCUGAAAUUUUACCGCAAAUUUUUUUGUAACUCAAUCGAGAACGAACCAGGUUCGAUUUUUAACACUUAUCUGUGUAGAUACAUUAAAAUAUAAUUAUCGUGAUUGCCGUGUAGAAUGCUCGUGAAUAAUUGCCGCAAAAAACAAUGUAAAUAGCUGUCACUGACAUUUUACAAGCAUAGAUAUAAUGAUAACGUAUUUAUUAUUUCACCACGUUCGCACCUUUCUAGUUUUUUUUUCUGAACCGUAAGGAAGCGAUUACAUGUAUUAUCAUAAGAAAUUACAUAUGAAUUUCGAAAAA